AGGGAAAAUGAUCAUUUACCCAAUUUUUGGGUCAUUUAACCCCAUUUACCCAAACAGUCUAAGAGAUUCCCCACUUAAUCAACAGUUUUCAUUUUUAAACCCCAAUUACCCAAUCUUUUCCUCACGUGCCUGUUUUAUCCAAAUUUGCUGACCCUUUUGCCCCUCUAUAACUGAAACGCUUUCAAAUUGUAACAGAAACGUGAUUUAGGGAGCGAAGCUCUCCGAGUUUAGAGAGAGAGAGAGAAUCGGCCGGGAUUGUAGAGAGAGAAGCUCCCUGGUUUUUGAUAGUGGAGCUGUAUCAUUUUAGAGAGGGAGAGAGAGAGAGAGAGGAGCCGUGCGAUUUCAAAUUCUGGAGAGAGAAGCUCCCUGGUUCCGGCGUGCGUAGCUCUCCGGCGAUUUCAGUGUGGGAAGCUCUCCGGCGAUUUGUAUUUAGAGCUGGUGGUAGAGGAUUUGCGAAGCCUAGAGAGAGAAUAUCUGCUGCUAUUUUCAAAUGGAGCGAGGUCGAGAUGCUCUGUGUGUUCCUCCACUGCGGUCUAUGGUUGAUCCUCUGGUUGCUAGGUGCCUUUACUCUGGCAAAGGUUAUAUGAUUCCUUUGAAUCAAUGCAUGAGCUACUCUGAGUUGUAUGAAGACAUUUUCCGUACAUUCCAGUUUUUGCCAAGUGAUAUUAUUGAGCUUCAGUAUUCAGUUCCAGGUUGUGAAGUUUGUUUUCUUCGUAACGAUCGUGAUUUCCAGAUGCUGUUUUGCUCUGCUAGAAUACAUAGGUUAGAGUGUGUCGAUAUUUCAGUUUUAAAGAUUGGGGGAGGUUGUAGGAGAACUUGUUCUGUGGAUAGUGGGUCGGAAGUGAUUGAUGAAGAUGAUUAUUUGGGUGAUGCAUUCAGGACUGAAGUUCACAAGACGUAUUUGUCUGAUGAGUGGAGUUCUUAUAUUCAUCAUGUCGGGGAUAAGUUUCAUGGUGCCGCUGAGCUCCGUGAGAAGCUCAGGAAGUAUGCAAUUGCAGUUGGUUUCGAGUUUGUUUUGCUGAGAAAUGAUUUGGACCGUAUUCAUGCAGUCUGUGCAAAUGUUGGAACCGAAGGAUGUGAUUGGCAUCUUCGUGCUUUUUCAUCAUCUGCCAAUGGUUGCCUUUACAUAACAGAGUUGAAUAAUAUUCACACUUGCAAGGGUGUAGUUAGGACUCAAAAGCACAAGCUUUUGGGAUCCAAGGUUGUCAAGACUUGCAUUGCUGCUGAUGUUAGCUAUAAUCUUUCAUUGACGCCAAGGGAAAUUAUGAGCAAGUUCAAAUCAACUUAUGGGUUUGAUAUUUCCUACAAGGUUGCCUUGAAAGCAAAGCAUCGGGCUAAGGAAGCGAUUUAUGGUUCCGAUGCAGACACGUUUAGCAAGUUAUCUUGGUAUAAGGAAGCUGUUUUGCAGAGUAAUCCCGGCUCUUCUUUUGUGUUGGAAGUUGAACCAUCGACAAAUCGUUUUCAGAGGCUUUUCGUAGCUUAUGGAGGUUGUGUAGAAGGGUUUCAAUUCUGUUUGCCUGUGUUGUAUGUUGAUGGAACGUUUGGUAAGAGCAUUUACAAGGGGCAGAUUCUGUCUGCAACUGGAAGGAAUGGGAAUCAAGGUUUCUACCCUCUAGCCAUAUGUUUUUGUGAUUCUGAGACAGAUGCAAACUGGACAUUCUUUUUCAAGCAUUUGAAGAGUCUGCUUGAACCUCAAGGAAGAGUUAUCACAUUUAUUAGUGAUCGGGGUGUUGGAUUGUUGAGUGCUUUCGAUAAGGUAUUUGCUGGUAAUCCUCAUCUGUUUUGUUACAAGCACUUGGUGGCGAACCUUGCCGGUAAAUAUAGGGGUAAAGGUAAUUCAAAAUUGAUUGAAGAUGUUAAGCAGAAGUUUUUUAAGGUUGCAUAUUCCUCUACUGAGAAGGAAUACCGUUUCAAUUUGCGGUUGCUUAGAGCAGUUGGUGGUGCCGAUAUUAUUGACCCUUUUCUUGCUGAAUUGCCUGUGGAAAAUUGGUGCCGUGCAUUUUAUACUAGUUGCCGAUAUGGAAUUAUGGCUAAUGGGAUUGCUGAAUCAUUUAACUCUUGGAUUGCAAUUGAGCGUUUGAUGCCAGUCUAUUGUAUGCUGGACCAGACAAGAAUUAAACAAAUGGAGAUGGCCGGUAAGAGGAGGGAAGAGGCAGAACGUUGGACCACAGAACUAACUCCCAAAAUGGAGGAAAGAUUGAAGGAGCAAAUGGAGAAAUCUCGUCGUUUUAGUGUCCAUUAUUCUAGCCCUGGAGUUUAUGAGAAUCUGCUUCUGAAUGUAUAUUACCUCCCCUUUCGAAGAGGCCCCCCGGGAGGCCUAGGGUGAAGCGGUUCAAGUCGGUUGGAGAGGCUGAAAAGAAGCUGAUUCGUUGUGGUCGUUGUGGCAAAAUGGGCACUCAUAACAAGUUGAGCUGCACUGAACCUCUCGUUCAGUAGUAGUAUAUGUUUCUGUAAAGAGUCGUUACGUUUUGAAUUUGUCUACUGGGGGGCAGUAAUUGGUUUAUUGGGGGCCAGUAAUUGUGUAUAUUCAGGCACUAAUAAUCAUUUUUCUUUUAAUAUGUCAGAUUCUUACAGUUGGGAUGAUUAAAAGAUUUUUUACACAGCUGAAUUUAAAUUUUCCAACAGGUUUAAUGCUUACAGGUGGUUUCUGGGGGCCAGUAAACAUAUUAGUGCCCCCCAGUAAACACAUCAAUUCAAGGACUCCUUGUAUAUUCAGGCUCAAACAAGCAUUA